AUGUCAAAACUCCACCGCAACCCACCGUUCAGAGCAGAGCAUCUAGGCUCUCUGCUUCGCCCAAAAGAUUUUCUGGCGCAACGUUCAGCAUUCGAGAAGAACGAGAUAAGCCAAGAAGUUCUCACAAAAGCGGAAGAUGAAGCUAUUGCAGAGGUAGUCAAAGUUCAAUUGGACAACAAAUUUCACGCUAUUACUGAUGGCGAGUACCGACGAGCAGUAUUUUGGGGAACAUUCUUCGAGGAAUUGAACGGCAUGACAGAGAUUCGUAAUCCUAGCAUGGACCUCUUCCGUCCAUACGUUCCAGAUAUUGCAGGAUUUAUCGAGAAAGGUCACAAACCCGGACAGUCCUGCCUGUGCACCUCUAAAAUAUCACACAACGGUACUUCGACAUUACUACCGCAAUUCGACUAUCUCAAGAAAUUAGUGCCAGAGAGCCAAUGGGGAGAGAUCAAAAUAACCAUGAUUGCUCCACCAUGGUACCAUUUGCGAUACGUAGAUGGAAAGGCGUAUCCCAAGGACGUUUAUGCCACUGACGAGGAGUACUUUGCAGAUAUAAGCAAAGCAGUCAGUACCGAGUUGGAUAUUUUGUAUGAUGCCGGUGUGAGAAAUGUGCAGUUCGAUGACCCAAAUUUCGCUUAUUUCUGUUCCGAGAAGAUGUUGAAGGGUUGGGAGGAAGACAAGACAAAUACCAAGACCGCAGAAGAGACAUUAGACUCCUACAUCAAGUGCUACAAUGAUAGUAUUGCGAAACACACCGAGAAGAUGCACUUUGGCCUCCACAUUUGCCGAGGAAACUUCAUGGGAUCCCGCCAUUUCAGUGAAGGAGGUUAUGACCGAAUCGCGACCAAACUUUUCCAAACACUUAACGUAUCAACAUACUACCUAGAGUACGAUACCGAGAGAGCUGGAGGGUUCGAGCCUUUGCUACAUCUCCCAGCUCACAAAAACGUUAUUGUGGGUGUGAUUACUUCCAAAUUCCCAGAGUUGGAAGACAAGGAGAAAAUGAAGGAGAGACUAUAUGCAGCAGCAGAUGUGAUUGCAAAGGGCGCAGGACAAACCAGAGAGGAAGCUCUAAACAGAAUGGGUGUCAGCCCACAAUGUGGAUUUGCCAGUCAUGAGGAAGGUAAUCUUCUUGGAUGGGAGGAUAUGAAGAACAAGCUUGCUCUGGUGAGAAGCAUUGCUGAUGAUGUUUGGGCUGGUCAACCUUAA